CACUUUCCACAAGCACCUCUCUCUAAUCCCACCCCUUAAUUAUCGUUCUCUCUCUCUUUCUCUCUCUAUGCAGUUUCUGUGUUUGCCAUUCCUUCUCCAUCGCCGGAACACUUCUCCGAUCGAUCUAUCCAUCAAUUUUACGGCAUUCACACCGUUGAUUUUACUUCAAUGAUUCCUCACUCGGAUCCGUAGCUUUCACAAUCUGCGAACCGUUUUCCUUCGCCAUUAUCGUUUCUCGCUUUCAGAUCCGAAUCCCGACGCCAAAAUCGGGGGAUAACGAACUAACCGUUGAUACAUGGAUUAGCAUCACCUCGAUGAAAACCUUUCCCUCACGCAGCCACACGUUUUCCUCGUGCACAGCCUCCCCUUCAGCACUACGCACCACUUCCUCAUCAUCGUCAUCAUUCAUUCCUAGGGUUAGGGUUUCCGUCGUGCGACAGCAAAAUGUUCAAGAAAAUCAUGAAAGGCGGGCACAAGAAGCCCUCCAAGUCCGACGCAAGCGAUCCCGGGUCUGCGGCGUUCGUCGCCGCCAACCGCAACUUGCCAGCGUUGCCCUCGCCCAAUGUCGUCGUGAACCACGCCUCGCGCGGAACUGGAGGUGCGGCGCCUCCUAGCUCCGGCACCGCGAUGCCGCUUGUGCCCACCCCCGGGGCCAUGGAGCCUUUGCCGCCGUUCCGCGAUACGCCGGUCGCUGACCGCCAGAACCUCUUCCUCCGCAAGCUCCACAUCUGCUGCUACGUCCUGGACUUCUCCGACACGCUGAAGAACGUUAGAGAGAAGGAAAUCAAGCGCCAAGCGCUGAUGGACCUCGUCGACUUCAUCCAAUCCGGCUCCGGCAAGAUGUCGGAGCAUUGCCAGGAGGAGAUGAUCAGAAUGAUCUCAGUCAACAUUUUCCGGUGCCUUCCUCCGGCGUCUCACGAGAACACCGGCCAGGAACCCACCGAUCCUGAAGAGGAGGAACCAAGCAUGGAUCCGACCUGGCCUCACCUUCAGCUCGUCUACGAGCUUCUCCUCAGAUACGUGGUUUCCUCUGAUACCGAUACGAAAAUCGCAAAACGGUAUAUUGACCACUCCUUUGUUCUCAAAUUGCUUGAUUUGUUUGACACUGAGGACCCGCGGGAGAGGGAGUAUUUGAAAACCAUACUGCAUCGUAUAUACGGGAAAUUCAUGGUGCAUAGACCGUUUAUUAGAAAGGCUAUUAACAACAUUUUUUAUCGGUUCAUAUAUGAGACUGAGCGGCACUCUGGUAUUGGAGAGCUUCUGGAGAUUCUUGGGAGCAUUAUUAAUGGGUUUGCGCUGCCCAUGAAGGAGGAGCACAAGUUGUUUCUGGUGAGGGCUCUUUUGCCUCUGCAUAAACCGAAAUCUGUGUCCAUGUACCACCAGCAGUUGUCUUACUGCAUUACUCAGUUUGUGGAGAAGGAUUUCAAGCUGGCAGAUACGGUGAUUAGGGGGUUGUUGAAGUAUUGGCCUCUUACCAAUUGCCAGAAGGAGGUUCUCUUCCUUGGAGAACUGGAGGAAGUGCUGGAGGUCACACAGGCUGCGGAGUUUCAAAAAUGUAUGGUUCCGCUUUUUAGACAGAUUUCACGCUGCCUCAAUAGCUCUCACUUUCAGGUGGACCUAUUUGACGGGAAGGGGAGUGGCACCCACAUAAGGAAAAUAAUUCCUGGUUUUUAAUUAAAUCCACCUAUAAAUAUUUUAAGAAUCUUAUAUAUUUAUUCUUUUUGCAACCCUAAAGUAGUAUUACUGGCUCUACUUUUGGCCUGUGGCACAUUGCAAAUGAUCUUCCAUUCUUCACAAAUUAAGUGUGGAUGAGUUAAGAUCAUGAGGGUGUUGCAAUUUAUAUGAUUUAUCAGGGAGCAAAUUGCAAUCGAGCCUUCGUUCAUCUUUUCUGUUACUUCAUUAAUAUGUUCUUUGUAAGCUUAUCUUAGUUCUAUCUUGUUCCUUCUAGUAUCACGAUGAUGAAGCUGCUGUCUCUUGGUUUCUUACUAAGCCUCUACAUGAUAAAAUCCCUUUGAAAUUGCCAACAGUUGGCAAAUAACAAUCUUUCAUCCAAAACUGGUUCGAAUUUCUAAAAUCUUAACUGAUAAUCCAAUCCUCAGAAAAUUGAGAGAAUUUCUAUCUGCAAUUUCCCAUCACAGCUUGGGCAAUCUCAUUUUUGAGUUUCUUUCACUUCUUAGUGAGUGGAAGGCUGGAAAUUUAAGCUGGCUAUCGCAACAGGGGCUUAUUGGUAGAGUUUGGGUCAUGAGGGUCGUAUGCCUUUCAUUGGAAACUUUAUUGCGCUUUUGAAUUGAAAUUGGGUAAAUUACACCCCUCCUUCUAGAUGCUUAACUUCCAUUGUCCUCUUCUCUAUUUUAAAAAAAUUAAACUCCUUUAAGAAAUUAACGUGUUAACCUUCUUUUGUCCAUUUUAACGUUGAUGGCCCUUCCAGAGGACAGCUUUCCUCUCUUUGUGACUCUCUUCGUCAUGGCUAACCUGUUUUAAAUUUUAGAUUUGCAGGUAUUUAUACCAAAAUUUUAGAUUUCAUUUUAAAUCUCUUAAUAUAAUGCAUUGAUUCAUUUUUGUUAUGUUGACCGAUUUUUCUACUCCCCUUCUAUUGAAAUUAUUUAGCUACUAAACUGCAGUAUCAAUAUGGAUGUUUUCAUAUUCAGAAACCUUGGUAUUUUAUUGCAGUGUUAAGAGUUGUUGAUGCUGAAUUUGUCUGAAAAAAAAAGUAUUCUGGUAGAUUUUUCUGGUAUAGCAUUUUUUAUCAGCAGGUAUCAUAUAAAAAGGCUGACAAUUUGUUUAGUAUUUGUUAUAUGAUGUGAAUAUUGUUCUUCCCAUACCGUAAAAAGAAGAAAAUGAAAGGAGAAACAUAAAGUAAAAGUCCUGAGCAAAGAGACGCCCCAUAAAAUAGCCAUAGUCGAACAUCGUAAGCCUUAGAAUAUGGUCUUAGUCAAUAUAGGAAUGAUGACUUUUAUGUCUUCAUUUUAUUCAUUUUUUCCUUAAAGAAUUUUAAAACAGCUUCUGUAAUUAAUUAUGGAAAAUGCUAUUCUGAAGUUUUUUUAAAUCAGCAUAGAGGGUUUAGAAUCGUGAACGGUCAGAACUGAAUAUUUUUACUGUUAUUAUUUUUCAUGGUUUAGAUGUUCUUUUGAGAAGUGUUUGCGCUUAGCCACACUCAUA